UGUAUGUACCUACCGCUCCGCGAGCGAGUAACUUUCUUUCCCGAUCGCGCCGCCAACGGCUCGGUCGUCUCUCAACUGUCGUCAGUCGCAGCUCUCGCACGUGUGCGCUCGGGAGGGGUUUGCCCGAUUGUCGUCGUCCUCUCGGUGGCGUGCGCCGCCGUUGCCUAUUAGCGCUCCGCGCGAGAUUCUUCUUUUUUUUUUUCUUUCUGUUCAUUUAUUACUUUUUGCUUCCUCUUCUGCGGAUAGAUUCUUUUUCUUCUUAUUUGUGGCCAGUGAUCUCCGACGCCUGUGAACUCUUGUCACAGCGAGCACUACGAGUCCGGCGAAGAGGGUGCAAGAGGGUGCUCAACGCUUUCGUCUCGAAACAUCGACGAAGAUAUCGUGCAUUUCCAGCCUUCAGUGAUUGGAUAAUAUAUAGAUUUUUAAAUUCUGCGCUCCGACUGAGGAUCGGAAUGGAGGGGGUGCUUGUCUAGCUUCAAUUGCCGGUGUGUGAGACAGGCCGCCUAGCGACCAUCCCUGAGAUGAGAUGCCUACCAAGAAGCCUGCUAUGCGCGGUGCAUCGGACUGGGUUCCGGGAGAACAGCUCGUUAGCAGCUGCGGCGACCGAGAAGCAGCGUCCUGUGGAACACGAUGUGUGCCCCGUACACGGCGACAAGCUACAGCAGUUGCAAGGCAUCAGAAGCCGACCAGUAGGCGCGGCCAGCGACACCGCAAGACCGUUCCACGAAAUUCCUGGCCCUAAACCACUGCCGCUGGUCGGAAACAUCUGGAGAUACCUGCCACUUAUAGGCGAUAUGGACCUGACGCGGAUGCACCGGAACGCCCAGAAGCUGCUCGACCGGUACGGGCCUCUGGUGCGAGAGGUGGUCGUGGGCGACCGCGUCGUCGUGCACGUGUUCGACCCGCGGGACAUGGAGCACGUGUUCCGCCACGAAGGACGCUACCCGGCGAGGCUGUCGCACCGGGCGCUGCUCAAGUACCGUCGCGAGCGGCCCCACAUGUACAGCAGCGGAGGACUGUUUCCUUCGAAUGGUGAAGAGUGGUUCAGGCUGCGGCACAUGUUCCAGAAGCCGCUCAUGCAACAGGGUGCCAUGUCUGCCUACAUCGACGUCUUGCAAGAUGUCACCCUGGACGUCGCCAACCUGGUACGGCAAACGCGGGACAGCAGAACGCUCGAAGUUGAGGACUUCCUCAAGGAGCUCUACCAGUGGGCCCUGGAAUGCACGGGAGUGCUGGCACUGAACACAAGGCUGGGCUGCCUUCAGCGAGGUUUAAGCAGCGACUCGGAGCAACAGCGGCUAGUGGAGGCCGCCUCGGAGACGCACCGCAUCAUCAUGGUGACGGAGAACGGGCUGCCUUUCUGGAAGGUGUGGAACACUCCCGCCUACCGGAAGCUGGUCCAAUCGCAGGACUUCAUGGCCAGUAUAGUCAGCAAGUACCUGGAGAGGACCAAAGUGACGGAGGAGAAUCACGAAACCGGAAGGGAGCUCACCGUGCUCGAAAAGUUCCUGUCUAUGCCUGGAGUCGACAUAAAGGAUGUAUUCGCCAUGGUACUCGACAUGUUCCUAGCCGGCAUCGACACGACAGCGUACUCGACCACUUUCAUCCUCUACUACCUGGCAACGAACCGGCGGUGUCAGGACAAGCUGGCUCUGGAGCUGGGAUCCCUGCUUCCAACCAAAGACUCCAAGCUCACCAUGGAACAGCUUCAGGAGGCGGUGUACCUCAGAGCCUGCAUUAAGGAAAGUCUAAGAUUAAGCCCCAUCGCAAUAGGUGUCGGCCGGGUCCUUCCAGAAGACAUCGUGCUCUCGGGAUACAACAUUCCAGCAGGGACUGUGCUCAUCAUGCACAACCAAGUGGCCUGCCGCCAGGAGAGCAACUACCCGGAGCCCGACGCGUACCGGCCCGAGCGAUGGCUCAAGGAGCGCAGCGAGGGAGGCCGGGCGCACCCGUUCACUCUGCUACCGUUCGGCUACGGACCACGGAUGUGCAUCGGCAAGCGCUUCGCCGAGACCGUCAUGUGCCUGCUCGUGGCCAGGAUCGUUCGCAACUUCGUCUUGGAGUACAAACACGAGGAUAUCGACUGCUUCACGCGGCUCAUCAAUGUGCCAGACAAGCCGCUUAGAAUGACCUUCAUCGACAGGAAUUCAUGAGCCCCGAGCGUGUCAAAGACGAGCGGGCCUUUUAAGAUCCUCUCAACGCUUCCCAAUGAGGAAAAAUUUUCGUCCUGUGCGCUGCCUGACGAUGGAAGAAAGUCCAGCCAGUGCGCAUUCGUCGACUAACCGCCUUCGACGAGGAUGAAAUAAUGGAAGCCCACACUGACAAUGCCGUCCGAGGUUGCAUCCAUUCCGUGUGAAACUCAACGAUCGGGGCAGUGCCGCAGUACAGAGAAGACUGUGAAUGCGUUUUCAUACUUGAGAGUCACAGGUGUGCCCACAGCCACCAGCGAGCGAUUAUCGUUUACGCUCACAUCGUUGAAAAUUGUUUGAGACUAGUGAGUCAUCGGGACUCCCCAAAUCGCCCAUAUCAGUGGUUCAGCGGCAAUGCUAGUCUCUGCUGCAGGGCAUGAGGUCGCGGGUUCGAAUACCAUGUGCUGGCGAAGGAGAAUGGCGCUGAACAGUUUACAGUGUCUUAUUAGCCUUAAGUAUACCUAUGGAAGCCACCACUGCAAGUUGGGAUGUAUUGGCGCAUUGGGAUACAAAACUACACGUUAUACACAGCACGAAAUUGCCAUUCGGCAAUCUUACGUAUAACUGAAAGGUACGUUGCAGCUGAAGUAGCCAUACGGAUGUUAUAGACUGUGCAAACUCUGGGACUCGUAAGUGUGGACGUGCCCGACAAAUUUUGCGCCCACCGUUUCAAGACCAAGCACUCGAUUCCGGUGAUGUGUUGUGACAGUCCAGUUGCGUGCACUACAAAGUGUUGUUUGUUUUAGCCUAUGUAUUCAAACUAACGCACAUCAAAUAGAAGGAAAUAAGCUGUU